AUGUGCCGGCUUCCCGGGAGUGAUUCUCAUCCAAGCAGAGGGCAUCGUCGUUGUUUAAAAGGCGUCUUCUCCCUCCCUGGUUCAGUUGCUGUCUCACUACUCUCUUCACUCAGUAACCUCUCGAGCUCCUCUCUCUCUCUUACACUCAACACAACUUUCACAAAACACAUUCUUUGGUCUGAAACACCAACAACUUCAAACAUGAAGCUGUCCGCCAUCACCUUCCUCGCUCUCGCCGCGGGUGCCAUUGCCGCUCCUGCCCCGGCCCCCGAGGCCGAGGUUGCUCCCCAGGAGGAGAAGCGAGAGGCAUCUCCUGGAUACGCGAGCUACGGCGACUACAAGGGAGCUGGCGAGAAUUUGCCCAGCUAUCCUAGCUAUGGCACCUAUGGUGCUAAGCCCAAGCCCAAGCCCAAGCCCAAGCCUGCUCCCAAGAAGCCCGCUCCUAAGAAGUAUACCAACUAUGGAAGCUACAACUACAAGAAGUACGGCAGCUACGGCUCCUACAAGCGCGAGGAGGUCGAGAAGAGAGAGGCCGAGCCCGAGGUCGAAGUCGAAGUUGAGAAGCGAGAGGCCGAGCCUGAGGCCGAGGUCGAGGUUGACGUCGAGAAGAGAGAGGCUUCCCCCGGCUACGCUAGCUACGGCGACUACAAGGGCGCCGGCGAGAACCUCCCCAGCUAUCCUAGCUACGGUACCUACGGUGCUAAGCCCAAGCCCAAGCCCAAGCCCAAGCCCGCCCCCAAGAAGUACACCACCUACGGAAGCUACAGCUACAAGAAGUACGGCAGCUACGGCGCCUACAAGCGCACCACCGACUGGAUCAAGUCCUGGUUCUAA